GGAUCGUCAAAUUAAUUUAGCGAUCUAUCUCCUCAGAGGAAGGAUUAUUAUUACUUCAUCAUUGAUUAAUUUAGCGAUCUAUCUCCUCAGGAGAUAGAUAUAUAGAUAAUCUAUCUCCUGAGGAGAUAAAUCGCUACAUUAUUUUCUAUCUUCUCAGGAGAUGGAUCGCUAAAUUAAUUUCUCCGCUCCAUCUCCGCUGGUGGUGGUACCGUGGCCGCCGAUUGCCACAACGUUGAAGCGAUGAUGGAUGAGCCGGCGGACUACGAUAACGUCCAGCGGCAGGAACUUCACGUCCCGUCUCUGCAGGAGCUCAGAGAAGUCCUGGCCCAGGGAUUGAACCGUGACUUUUCGGAGGUGAUGGUGUCCGUCGUUCCAUGCCCAGACCUCACGCGUCCUCCGUUCAACUGCGCAGCCCCGGGACUGUGUGGUGAGCCCCGUAUUGCUGAUGUUGGAGGAAUCCCCUACCUAUUACCAGUUCCCUGGACACGGAAGGUCUAUGAUCUGUGCCGGGUGGCUGAGGUCGUGGGUCUGCCCGGGGCGUUCCUCAUCGGCGCCGGAGCCGCCAGUGCCGGAGUGGUGAGCACCAACGCAGAGCUGAUGCCGAAUCUGCUGGCGCCCAGCGGGGAUCGCGAGCUCGUGAACCGCUCCUGGUACGCGAGGAUCCGGCAGCCGGAGCCCUCCGGUAGCGCUGGAGGAGGUGGUGGUGGAGGAGAUGGUGGAGGAGAUGGUGAAGGCGGUGGAGGUGGAGGAGAUGGUGGAGGAGUUGAAGGAAGAGGUGGUGGAGGAGGUGGUGGCGGUGGUGGUGGUGGUGGUGCCAACCUGGUGGGCAGCCUGCGAGCCGCCCUGCGUGAGCGCUACGGAGGGGGCAGGGCCGCGGUGGGCAUGGGUGGCGUCGUGCUCAUGGAAGAGGGCAGGGCACGGGUGCACGUCAUGCCGGCAUUCUCCAGCCGUCCGCUACACACGGACGAGGAUGUCCGCUGCUGGUUGAAGUUCUUCUCGGCCAGGGCUCCUCUCAUAGGGCAGACGAUCUUCCUGUCGCACGACCCUGGGGGCCUGGAUCUCCGACUGGAGCACACUCACUGCUACAGCUCCCAUGGUGAUGGAGGCCACUACCACGGGGAUGUCCACGCGUGGCCGAUGCGAUACCUCGCGUACCUCACACCCGCAGAGCAAAUACACCGGGUAGACCGCCCCUUGCACACACACGAAGUGGGCAGGGAUUGAUACACAGAUACACACACAGAUACAUACACACAGAUACACACACAGAUACACACACAGAUACACCGGGUAGACCGCCCCUUGCACACACACGACGUGGGGAGGGAUUGAUACACACACAGAUACACACACACACAGAUACACACAGAUACACACACACAGAUACACACACAGAUACAUAGAUACACACACACACAGACACACAGAUACACACACACACAGAUACACACACACACAGAUACACACACACACAGAUACACACACACACAGAUACACAGAUACACACAGACACACAGAUACACAGAUACACACACAGAUACACCGGGUAGACCGCCCCUUGCACACACACGAAGUGGGCAGGGAUUGAUACAUACACAGAUACACACACACAGAUACACACACACAGAUAGAUAGAUACAUACACACACAGAUACACACACACAUACACACACACAGAUACACACACACACAGAUACACAUAGAUACACAGAUACACACAGAUACACAGAUACACCGGGUAGACCGCCCCUUGCACACACACGAAGUGGGCAGGGAUUGAUACAUACACAGAUACACACACACAGAUACACACACACAGAUAGAUAGAUACAUACACACACAGAUACACACACACAUACACACACACAGAUACACACACACAGAUACACAUAGAUACACAGAUACACACAGAUACACAGAUACACCGGGUAGACCGCCCCUUGCACACACACGACGUGGGCAGGGAUUGAUACACAGAUACACACACACACAGAUACACACAGAUACACACACAGAUACACACACAGAUACACAGAUACACACAGAUACACAGAUACACCGGGUAGACCGCCCCUUGCACACACACGACGUGGGGAGGGAUUGAUACACAGAUACACACACACACAGAUACACACAGAUACACACACAGAUACACACACAGAUACACAGAUACACACAGAUACACAGAUACACCGGGUAGACCGCCCCUUGCACACACACGACGUGGGGAGGGAUUGAUACAUACACAGACACACACACAGAUACACACACAGAUAGAUAGAUACACACACACAGAUACACAUAGAUACACACGUACACAGAUACACCGGGUAGACCGCCCCUUGCACACACACGACGUGGGGAGGGAUUGAUACACACACAGAUACACACACACACAGAUACACACAGA